CGUUCGUGUCUUCACCUUGGGAUCGCAGCCACUCUCUUCAAAACACAAAUGGAGAGCGUCCAGCUACCUGUAUGUUUGGAGCCAUGUGGUGUUGAGUUUGUCGGAGAGCCAUCUACAGAGCCAGUCAACUAUCACAGUGCUCUGUUCAGACAUCGCCGAUUCCCAUCCACGGCUCAUGUCCUGUGGUGGCCGAGUCAGAGCGGCAGCAAAACAUGCAUAAUAUUUAUUCCCGCAGGUGCUGAUCAAUUUAGUACAGGUAAUCCUGGGCUGCUAGCUUGGUACACACCCUUUCUGGCCGCAAUCCACGAGAAGUCAGAGAGACGGCUAAAUAUCCUCGCUCAUGCUUUCGUUGGUCAUACCCCCGGGAUUGAAGCAGAUAAUACGGAAUAUUCUGCUGUUUCAUUGUCCGCGCAAGUGGAGCACGCGCUGGAAUUUACUGACGCCGUCAAGCGCGAGUACGAUCGUGUUGUGGUAGUGGGACACAGCGUGGGAUCUUGGGUCGUAACUCAAGUCUUGAAGCAUAGAGAGAACAGUGUGGAUGCAGCUUUUCUCCUCUUCCCCACUAUCUGCCACAUGAAAAACACGCCUAACGGCCGCCGACUAUCGGGCCUCUUUGUGCCGCCGUUCCCGCGAACCAUAGCAUGGUUCUCAAGGCUAAGCCAUGCUAUACCCGACCGUGUGGUGGCCUUCCUGUACAGUGACUGGCCAUUUGCCCAACGGACAGUGUUGCGCCGCCUCAUCAGCUCCCCUGCCGUUGUGUACAACUGCUUGACCAUGGCUCAUGAGGAGAUGAAGGCCAUUACGACCCUCGACGAAGGUCUGCUCCAGCGGAAUAAGGAGCGGCUUCACGUGUACUUUGCGGAAGGCGAUGGCUGGGUCGGGGGACAGAAAGAGAAGGUCCUUCGCGCUCUCGACGGUGAAGAGACGGUCAAGGUGGCGCAUGGAACUGCAGACAUACCACACGCAUUCUGCAUCAACCAUGGGGAAACGCUGGCGCGGCAAUGCAGUGAAUGGCUUUCGGAGGGAGGUUUUCUUUAGGGCAGCCAAUAUUCUCAGUUUCCGUGUGGCUAUUGAAUAGAUGUGUGGUAACAUAUCUCGUGAACCCUGUCGCUCUUGGGGCUCACGGGCGUAUAAUACGGGAACACUAAGGAAGUUGCCAG